AUGAGUCCAGCGUCAUUGGAACGGAGCUUACCAUUUUCAGCUUUUUCCACGGCUGGCCUAUGUUGUUCCACUGGAGUCGCUGUAUGCAUCAUUUGCACUGUAGGCUGGAUUGCAGCUACUGCAUACAAUCGCCGUCUUUUGCUAACGGUAAAAAAGCUUCGACUGACGUGGCUGUUAAUCUCGACAUAUGACAUGUUAUUUAUACAGCUCUUUUUCGCUCAGUUUCUCAUGCAUGACUUUCAGUACAUCGGAUUUGUUGUUCUUCUGGCUGUUAUCCAGAGCAUCACAGGUGCUCUUGGUUUGUCUUAUAAGGAAGCGGCCCGUGAACACGUUCGCACUGACUUAUUCCAAAAUAUUAACCGUUCCGCUGUGGUGACCAGCCAAGGUGUUUUCGAUCUGACCGCUUCGUGGGAUAAACUGCAGAAAUCGCUGAAAUGCUGUGGAGUCAACAACUCGUCCGAUUGGCAUUAUGCACAGCGCUGGCCUUUACAAGAGUUCGUUCCUGAUAGUUGUUGCAACCCAGCACACUUCGUGGAUGUUAAUUCAAUGGGGAAUUGUGGAAAGAUUGCUAACAGCACUAUCUUGUAUCAACAGGGAUGUUUUGAAGUGUUUGCUGACUGGCUUUAUCAUCACGUUGCUGUGAUGAAUUGGAUCUCCCUUACUUUACUCAUUGUUGAGGUAGUCGCAAAUGGACCGUUUCCCUAA